AUGACGCAUGAGAUGCCAGAUCCGCAUAAAUUUGCUGCGCGCCUCGCGGCUGUCCAUCAGAACAGUACGUCACCGACGGGGAAAUUUGGCUUCCACACGACUACAUACAGUGGUAAUUUACCACAAAUUAAUGAGUGGGAAGAUAGCUGGGAGGUUUUCUUCACGAAGAAUAUGAAGAUGGCCCUCGAUCUAGAAAUCAAGGCAAAAGGGCCAGACCCAGAACUAGAUCACCUAAUUCCGAUCCUCUUUGACAAGGUUAUACCACGUCUACUGCGUCCGCUUGAAUCAGAUGGUCGGUCUGUAAAACCCUCACUCGUCCAUGGAGAUCUCUGGUAUGGAAACUCUGGAAUUGACGUACCAACCGGCGAGUCUCUUGUGUUUGACGCCUGUUCCUUCUACGCGCAUAACGAAUAUGAGUUUGGCCAGUGGCGGCCAGUCUGUAACCGAUUUGGUGAGGAAUACUUGGCAGCAUAUCACUCGUACGUACAGAAAUCGGCCUCUGAAGAAGAUUAUGAUGGCCGUCUAGACCUGUACAAGCUGAGAUUCAAUACCCAAGUCUCUGCCCUCUUUACAGAGAAUCAAGCACUCAGAGAGCAGAUGCUCAACGAUAUGAAGGACCUUGUCCAGAGAUAUGGUUAA